UAGUUUUUAUUUAAAAAAAUGAAAAAGAUCCAGGUUUUUGCCGCCUCUCAACUCGUACAUCGUCUUCCGGGUCACGUGCGCAGUGACGUCGCUUGGGUAGGCGCGGGGUUCCGGGAAAUUCCUCUCUCUAACGCCGUCAGUGAGCGGCGAGAACUCGUCCGCUCACGACCACGUGACCGCGUCACCGCAUGCUUGCGAUCAACAUGGCCACCGGCCUCUGGAGAGGCGAACUCAACGAGGUCGAGCUCCAGAUGCUGGAGUACAGCGAGUCACUGGGGCUCGUUCCGUACGCGGGGACGCCGUCGAAAUGUCUGAGUGAAGAGGACGCGCGGGCGGUGCUCGACGGAAGCCCCAGCCCGACUCCGGACCCAGAUUCGUGGCGGCUGACCACGACGGCAUGGUGCUCGUGCAAGAGGUGCGGCAUCAUGCCGACGCCUAAAGAGUGCAUCUGCUGCAGGGAGUGUCCCCCCGCGGUCGCGACUCGCCCGGGAGGGUGCAUCACGGAGCACAACAACUUCGCACCGAUCUGCCUCCAGCCCGGCGUGCUCGAAGUCGCGUUCUGGGCUCUGCAGGAGGCAGGUCGUCACCCGGCGCCGCGAGAACAGAAACCUUUCUGGGAUCCUUCGGAAUGUGCUGGCCAAGUAAAGAAGCUCGAGUACUCAGUGGUCACGGAGCCUCUCCUUAGUCCAGCUUAUACUUCCAGACCUCACUUCAUACUAAUCCCAAGCGAAAAGGAAGCAACGGAAGCGAGCGCAAAACUUUGGGCCUGCUAAGCACGCGUUCGUGAAGGCAAAUCGUUGUCGAAGACAGCGCACUCGUGCCUGUAACAUCAA